GUUGGACUACUUUUACACCUCGCCCUUCUACCAGCGGAGCGGUGGCCCAGAGUCGCUAAACGAGAGGCGGCGGCGCGGCCAGAAAGUAGAGGAGGCUUCGCCCGGGAUCGAGUUCGUGGUGGUGGGGGCCAAUGCAGAUGCCAAGGAAGGCCGCUUAGAGACCUCCAUCUUUGUGGUGCAGCGCCUGCUGCGACGCGCCGGGGAGUCCGCCGUGCCUCAGGAUGUUUUCUACGUUCUGGCAGGCUCUGUUUACAAGGCGCCGCCCAUCGUUGACAUUUUCGAUGGCGCGCUCUGCCAGACAGCGAUGGCGGCUAGCAGCAUCCUAAAGAAGCAGCUGGAAAGCUUCCGGUACACCGCAGAGGAGCAGCCUGCGGCAGCGCAAGAUGCGAGGUCCACCAAUCCGGACUGGCCCUCUUG